GUCCACUUAUGCGGCAUAGCACAAACGUGUAAGAUAGAAUGUAGUACUAACUAUAUAUAUUCUCCCAUGUACACAACUAGAAAAUAAUCAACCAUGGAAAUCACUUACAAAAAUACCUCUGCUCUCUCUUUAAUCUUCACUUUCAUUCUCUUUAUUUCCUCUCUCAACCUCUCUUUCUCCACCACUAUAUGCAACACAAAUGACAAAAAUGUCCUACUUGGGAUUAAAUCUCAAUUCAACAAUGCCUCAGUCUUCACAACAUGGGAUCCUAUCACUGACUGCUGUAAAAAUUGGUCAGGCAUAGAAUGCAAUUCAAAUGGCCGUGUGACCAUGCUUGCAGUUAGUGACACCAAUGACGUCAUUGGCGAGAUCCCAACCUCGGUAGUAAACCUUCCGUUCCUCCAAUUUUUUACAUUUGCUGUCUUUCCCGGUGUCUCUGGUACAAUCCCUCCAGCCAUUGCAAAGCUCACUAACCUUGUUCACCUCGACUUUAGCUUGGACAGUCUCACAGGCCCAAUCCCUGAUUUCUUAGGUCAACUCAAGAACCUCGAUGUCAUCGACCUCUCUGGGAACAGGUUUACCGGCCAAAUCCCUGCAUCACUAGGUCGACUCACCAAGCUUAGAAGCGCUAACCUUGGCUCAAACCAACUCUCCGGCCCAAUCCCAGCCUCCUUAGGCAUGAUCAAGAGCCUAGAACAACUCUACAUAUACAUUAACAACUUAUCUGGCCCAAUUCCAGCUUCUUUAGCUCAACUUCCUAAACUCAACGAACUUUCCCUAUUUCAAAACCAGUUAACCGGCUCAAUCCCUGAGAGUUUCGGCUCAUUCAAGAACCCUGCUCUAAACAUCGACCUUUCGUCCAACAACUUAUCCGGGCCAAUCCCAAGCUCUUUCGGCAAGGCCAAAAUCACAGCAUUGGUACUCUCGAAGAACAAGUUCUCUGGAGACGCGUCGUUUUUGUUUGGGAAAGAUAAGACUGUUUUAACAACCAUGGAUUUGAGUAACAAUAUUUUCAAGUUCGAUUUUUCCAAUGUCGAUCUUUCUCCUGGCUUGAAGAACCUAGACAUAAGUCACAACAUGAUAUUCGGGUCCCUUCCCGAAAAGCUUGGACAACUGCCGUUGCAAAGGCUUGAUGUAAGCUUUAACCAGCUUUGUGGGCAGAUUCCUACCGGACGACGACUUAAGCAGUUUAGUCCAACAAAGUUUUCUAACAAUACGUGUUUAUGUGGUCUACCAUUACCAGCUUGCACUUGAUUAAUUUGGUUAUUUGAUUUGCAAAAACUGAAAUAAGGAAAUGAGUUGGUUGUGAAUGGAUUACGACUUUCUGAUUUGUAUGGAUUUGAGAUUAUUGAUGUUAAUUAUGUCAAUGUACUAUAGUUGUGUAAGUAACACCGAGUUACCCUUACGUUUGAAACAAUGUCUAUACAUUUUAAAGGUGAAAUAAGUGAUUUUAAAGGUAACGAUGAGAUA